CAGGAGGGACGAAGCGGACCUGUAUUUGAAUAUGUGCACGCAGUGAAUUACUUUUUCAUCGUCAUUUCAUUGGAGUGCGUGCAGUCGUAUCGUGCACUGACAGAGGAACACAACAAACCAGCUGUGAGUGUUUGUGGUGUUGUCUGUUGCACAUCAAGAUGUUUGUUGUUCACCUUGUUGGCUCCUUCUUCUCCAAACUCCAUGAGGACCCCACGAAGAAGGUGGACAGGUUUCUGUACGCCAUGCGUCUCCAUGACGACCAGUUAAGUGACAUCUCGGCUCGUUUCCAGGCUGAGAUGAAGAAGGGGCUUUCACGGGAAAGCAACGCCGCAGCAGCGGUGAAGAUGCUGCCAACACACGUCCACUCCACUCCUGAUGGAUCAGAGAAAGGACAGUUUCUGGCGUUGGAUCUUGGAGGCUCCAAGUUUAAGGUGCUCCAAGUUAAAGUGAGAGAGGGCAUGGGCAUCAGGAGGGGAGGAGUGGAGAUGGUGGAGAAGACCUACCCCAUACCGAAGGAGCUACUCAUUGGGAGAGGAGCAGAGCUAUUUGAUCACGUCUCAGAGUCUCUGAAGGACUUCCUGCAUGAGAAGAAGAUCAGUUUGGAGAAGAAACAUCCUCUGGCCUUCACUUUCUCUUUCCCCUGUGAACAGUCCACCUUAAAUCAGGGAUUAUUGUUAAACUGGAGUAAGAACUACCGGGCUCGAGGCCUUCAGGGUAAAGAUGUGGUCCAGGCCCUCAGAGGGGCUAUUGACAGAACUGGGGGUAUGGACGUAGAGGUGUUAGCUAUGGUUAACGACACUGUAGCAACCAUGAUGACCUGCGGUUUUGAUGACCAGUACUGUGAAGUAGGACUCAUCAUUGGUACUGGCACCAAUGCGUGCUACAUGGAGGAGCUGCGUCACGUUGACUUGGUGGAAGGAGACGAGGGCCGGAUGUGUGUUAACACUGAGUGGGGAGCCUUUGGAGACGACGGGGCUCUGGAUGAUUACAUCACUGAGUUUGACAGAGACGUGGACGCAGCCUCCAACAACCCUGGAAAACAAAUCCUAGAGAAGAUGGUCAGUGGGAUGUAUCUGGGUGAGUUAGUGAGGCUGGUUGUGUUAAAGAUGGCUAAACUGGGACUGCUGUUUGAUGGACAUGUGUCGAAUGCUCUGAAGACUAAAGGGAGGAUAACCACUGCAAAUGUAGCAGCCAUGGAAGAGUACAAAAAUGGUCUGGACAACACCAGGAAAAUUCUCAUGGGUCUUGAUUUGACUCCAACAGAUGACGACUGUGUUGCUGUUCAACAUGUCAGCACCGUAGUGUCCUUCAGGUCCUCAAAUCUGGUGGCUGCAGGGCUGGCUGCAAUCUUGACUCGAAUUAAGCAAAACCGACAUUUGAGGACAUUUAGGAUUACUGUAGGUGUGGAUGGAACUGUGUACAAGAUUCAUCCACAGUAUGCUAAACGUCUCCAUAAAGUAGUGCGGCGGCUGCACCCUGAGUGCCAAGUCAGGUUUGUCCUCUCAGACAGUGGCAGCAGCAAAGGAGCCGCCCUAGUGACAGCAGUCGCCCAACGACUGGCAUCACGAAGGCAACAGGUGGAUGAGACGCUGUCGCCCUUCAGACUGAGCCGAGAGACGCUCCAGCUGGUGAAGACCAGGAUGAGGGCGGGGCUGGAGGCAGGGCUGAAGAGUAAAGGCUCUUCUGCUAUCAAGAUGCUGCCUUCUUUUGUGUACCAUACACCUGAUGGCACAGAGCAUGGAAAGUAUCUUGCAUUGGAUCUGGGAGGAUCAAACUUCAGAGCGUUGCUGGUGAACUUUAAAAAGGGUCUGCAACAGAACUCAAAACUUUACCACAAGAUCUACACCAUACCACUGGAGAUAAUGCAGGGAAGUGGAGAAGAGUUGUUUGAUCAUAUAGCGCAGUGUGUGGGUGACUUCCUGGACUACAUGGGGAUGAAGAACGCUCGUCUUCCUGCAGGCUUCACCUUCUCUUUCCCCUGCGAGCAGACAUCUAUUGACACGGGCACGUUGUUGAGCUGGACCAAAGGCUUCAAGGCCACAAACUGUGAAGGACAUGAUGUUGUUGGCAUGCUGAGGGACGCCAUCAAGAGACGCAACGAGUUUGACUUGGACGUAAUGGCAGUAGUCAAUGACACAGUGGGGACCAUGAUGAGCUGUGCCUAUGAAGACCCUCAGUGUGAAAUUGGACUGAUUGCUGGAACUGGCACUAAUGUUUGUUACAUGGAGGAGCUGAGGAACAUCGAGAAGACUGAACAAAAGACAGGAAAUGUGGAGAGAGAAGAGGGCACGCCUGAAGGAGCGCAGGUUAAGCAGGAUGACGGGACGGAAAGAGAGAGAAAGAAGGGGGAGGCUGAGAUACCGAGGAUGUGUAUAAACACAGAGUGGGGAGGUCUGGGCGAUGAUGGCUCUCUGGAUGACAUCAUCACACCUUACGACGUUGAGGUCGACCAACACUCGCUCAACCCUGGAAAACAAAGGUUUGAAAAGCUGACCAGUGGGAUGUAUUUAGGAGAAGUUGUUCGUCAGGUAUUGCUGGAUUUAACCAGAGGAGGUUUGCUGUUCAGAGGACGCGUCACUGAAGCUUUAAAAACACCUGGAAUAUUUCAGACCAAAUAUCUGUCACAAAUAGAGAGUGACCGCCUGGCUCUACUGCAGGUCAGAUCCAUCCUCCAACAGCUGGGGCUCGACAGCACCUGUGACGACAGCAUCAUUGUCAAAGAGGUAUGUGGGGCAGUGUCACGUCGUGCAGCUCAGCUGUGUGGGGCAGGAAUGGCGGCCGUGGUCGAUAAGAUCAGAGAGAACCGAGGACUGGACCAUCUGGACAUCACUGUAGGGGUGGACGGGACACUCUACAAACUACAUCCACAUUUCUCUCCAGUCCUCCAAGAGACUGCCAGACUUUUGGCUCCUCAGUGUAACGCGACCUUCCUGCCAUCAGAGGAAGGCAGCGGGAAGGGUGCCGCCCUCAUCACAGCUGUGUCCAGACAGAAGAUGGAGAUGUAACUUCACAUGACUGAAAAAAAUUACAAAAUGUUUUCUCAUAAUUUGGAAUGCCAAAUUGCCUCCGUACUGGUGGUCUCGUCGUUGGGAGAGCUGCAGACCGACAUCAUGUGUCACCAUGGAUACAAAUGGAUUCAACAACACCUUAUUUUCACCUGACCGCAAGGGGGAGCCUCACCGGAAGGGCAUAAAACAUGCAGAUGUUUUCACUGCAUGAUCCCUCACAGGAUUCCCACCCAUGAACACAGCCAUGUGUGCUGCAUUGUGCAGUCAAGGGUCCUUGAGGGGGAUCCAGGGGGACACCAGCAAAAAGGGGAAUAAUAUAUUUUCACUAUAAUUCCAUCCAUAAGCAACACAAUGACAGAAUGUAUGACUAUUUUGGUCAUGGGUUUCAUACACUUUCUGUAAUAAAACAUCUAAAAGCAAAAAUCCUAUCAGAUGGGGGACCCUGGGACAAAACCUUAUCAAAGGUCCGAGGGUCUAAUUGAUGCUUUAGGGGUCCUUUACGUUAAAAAGUUUGGGAACCACUGCCUUGUAAUAUUUAAAGAGCUGGAUUUCGACUAAUGGAUUUAUACAAAAUGAUAAGCUUGUUGACCCAAAAACCCCUUUGUUAUUUGUCCCUUAAAAAGCCUUAUUUUGUUGUUGGCUCUGUAUUAGAGAUGGACUACACUCUCUGAAUUUCAAAGUAAAUGUAUGACAGGCCAAGCAUACAUAUUUGGUUCUUGAGGGCUCCAAACCGAAGCUCUCUACUUUCCAAUCAUCCCCAAGUCAGCUGUGGGAAAAGUGUCACACCCACAGCUGCACGGUCACAUGCCAUUGUUAGCCGUGCACUGAUUAGACGCUCUGCCUUCGUUACCAGGCCUGAGAAAGAACGCUCAUAUCAAAAAUCACACACUGCAAACUACUCAAGUUUGGCACUUUAUGUGCGACCAAACAAAAAGGAUAUACUGUAUAUACAGCUGUCAUAAUAACAUGCACCAUUGCAACUGUAAUGUAGACUGAUAAUAAGCUUCAGUUGUCAAAAUGUGAUCUGUACAUGUGGUGUGAUUCUCUCUGAAGAACUGAACAGUCCCAUGACUUCAGCACCCACCCACACUAAAUCUAUGAAGUGUUUCCAUUCAACUUUUACACUGCAGUAAUUUACAUCAGUUAUUUGGUGACGUUCUUCAUUUCUGAACCAGAUGAUUCCUUCACACUAACGUAAUAGAUUAUUGUUUUUUAUUACACAGCUUUGUUGAAUACUAGAUUCACGGAUGUUCUGUGGUCUGGUAUUUCUUUAUAGCAGACCGUUGCUAUGUAUAACGGACCGUUGCUAUGGGCGCAGUUCUGAUGUCGGACUCUGGCGGACCGUUUUGUGUAUAAUUAUUGAUUUCUUAAGUAAUUAGCUGUGUAAUAAGCGGGAUAAUGUACAGCUAGCGGGUCAUUGUUGUGAAAUAAACCCCUUCAGGGAUCUUGGUUUAUUUCACAACAAUGACUGGCUGCGUGUGUGCAUGUGUUAGUCAGCUCUAUCUCUGUAUUGAUGAAGGGCAGGAGGAGGACUGGAAUGCCGCCGACCACAUUUCCCAAAAAUAAAAACAACCAGCGCUCUGUUUGCUCAUUCUGGACUGACUCUCUGUCCUUGUGAUCAUCUGUCUCUUUGUUUCUCUGUCUGAUAACUGAAUAACUAGGUCAGGUGCACUGUAUGUCUUUGUGAAUGUGAUGGUUAUACAUUUUAUCAACUGUAUUAGGGCAGAAAAUAAAAUUGUUUGUGUUGUGUUGCAUCAUAA